GCAGCGCAGGGGCCGCCCGCACCGGCCCUUAUAGCCGGCCGGGCCAGGCCGCGGCUUUUGGCCCUCGCCCUGCCGCAGCGGAGCGGGGCAGGCCGCGGCGGCCAUGGCGCUGCGCGGCGCCCGGCGUUGGGCCAGCUUGGCCUCGGCGCUGCGCGGCCGCAGCCCGGGGCAGCGGGCCGGCGGCGAGAAGCCGCCGUACGAUGACUUGAGGGCGGCCCUCAGGAAGAUCAUCGACAAGGAGAUUAAUCCCUUUGUGGACAAGUGGGAAGAAGAAGGACAGUUCCCAGCGCAUAAAGUAUUUAAAACCCUGGGACAGGCUGGAUUCCUUGGUGUAGAUAAGCCAACAGAAUAUGGUGGCAUGGGCUUGGACUUCUCCUAUAGCAUUGCAGUGGCAGAAGAGCUGGGAAAUAUCCGCUGUGGAGGUAUUCCUAUGGCUAUUGAAGUGCAAGCUGGCAUGGCUACUCCUGCUCUUACAAGGUUUGGUUCUCAUGAGUUGAAAAAACAGUUCCUUGUGCCAACUAUAGCUGGAGAUGUUGUGGCUUGCUUGGGGAUCAGUGAAUCUGGAGCUGGGUCAGAUGUCGCAAAUAUCAAGACGACAGCUGUGAGAAAAGGUGAUGAAUAUGUCAUAAACGGUGGUAAGAUGUGGACUACGUCUGGGUGCCAAGCGGACUGGAUGUGCCUGCUGGCAAACACCAGUAAAGGACCUCCCCAUCAAAAUAAAUCUCUCAUAUGUCUGCCAAUGAAUCUACCUGGCAUUCAAGUUGCUAAGAAGAUCGACAAACUAGGCAUGAGGUCAUCAGACACAGCUCAGAUCUUUUUUGAAGACGUAAAGGUCCCCAGCAAAAACCUCAUCGGUGAGGAAGGAAAGGGUUUUACGUAUCAGAUGUUGCAAUUCCAAGAAGAGCGGCUGUGGGGAGCAGCCACUGUCCUGACACCGCUGGAAACAAUAAUACAAGAAACUAUUGACUACACUCGCCAGCGGAAAGUGUUUGACCAGCCUGUCCUGCACAACCAAGCCGUGCACUUCCGCCUGGCCGAGCUGGCAACCGAAGUGGAGCUCCUUCGCUCUCUGCUGUACCGCACCGUUGCUCUCUAUGUGGAAGGCAACGAUGUGACAAAAUUUGCUUCCAUGAUUAAGCUAAAGGCAGGUCGUCUGGCCCGUGAAGUGACUGAUAGCUGUCUCCAGUUUUGGGGAGGAAUGGGAUUCACCAACGAGGUUCUUGUGAGCAGGUUUUACAGAGACAUGAGAUUAAUGUCAAUAGGAGGUGGUACAGAUGAAACCAUGCUUUCCAUCAUAUGCAAACACAUGAAAACACUUCCAAGCAAGUGACAGUGGAACAUCUCCACGCUUCCUUGAAAAUUCAACAAGCAAGAGCACGGCCUGUACUGCACACUGAGUGUAACAGCCAGAACAUGUUUCAAGGGUAAAAUAAGAAGAAAACAUAACAGUAAUUUUGCCAAUUAACUGCUUAUCGGAGUCUUUGACUAUAAUCAUUCUGUGUGUUCUCCCAGUAUCAAAUUUCUGUUGAUACAAGGCAGUCUGAAAGCAUGUGGCUUCCUGCAAAUUUUUUUCCUUUUUUCAGUGGAUUACUUUUUUGUAUUCCACACUAAGCACCCAGGAAAAAAAUUGUCUUCUUUAAUCAAGGCAUAUAUACAUUUUACAGCGUCUGAGCCACCGGUUAAGAAACAUAACUUCCACAUGGAUACAGCUAUGAUUUUACUUGUAGCCUAGUCUAAUUGCAGUGUAACUUUGCUUUCAAGUUCAGUAAUUAUGGCACAAAUUAUUCCCUGCCAUAUUGAAAUACUGGACAGUGAUUUUGCUCUCAAUUACAAAUACCUUCCCUAUCUUUAAAUUUUAGCAAGUAUUCAUAAAAAUGAGCUCUGUCACCUUUGCUAAGUUCACAUUGACUCAUGCUACAGUGUCGUGGAUAUUUGGUGGUGGGAGUGGGGAUUGAUUGAUUUUUAUUUUUAGAAUUCUACAAACAAUCAUUUAACUGUAGCUGAAGCUUUUGGAGGCCUGAAUUUCAGCAGUAAGGUAUCAUGUUUUGUGUGUAAUUAUUAAAGAAAAAUACUUUAAAAAA